UGACCCGAAGGGCCGAGGGCGGUUACAAGCGAUCCCCACUUCGGGUAAGGGCGACGGGUGGUUGGACACCCUUCUGUAUCGGGGGACCUUUUCAACCCGGCCCUCUUACCCCUGAGUAUAUAUUAAAAUCGUGGCUAAACUACCCUCAGUUAAACGAGAGCGAUUGAGGAGUGAGGAGCGAAAUUUUAUCGGUACAAGUUUAUCCUCGUUAUCGAGUUAUACCCACGGUGAAGGGAACGGCAUGACAUUCAACAACAGAAACGGUCUGUUCCGGCCUUGGGACGAAGACAACGGGGACAAGGAUCCGUCCCAGGAGAUGGGGGACCGGGCACGCGGAAAAUUCGCGUAUCUCAGUGCGGUUAGCGUGAAGUGCGAGCGUGCGGAGGACGAGGAUCGAACGGCCUCGGGGUCCGCUUCGUCCCCGAGUUCGCCGGACGAGAGUGGUGGCACCGUUUCGAAUUCGAUCAUCGAUCGAGAGGUCGACGACGUCGACGACGAGGAGGAGGACGAGGAGGAGGACACUCUGCACAAAUUGACGAGUCUGGUCGACAGGACUAUACUGGGACUGCCCAAGGCCGACAAUUCCGUGGACAGCGGGAGUUCGUCGAGCAGCGAGACGUCCUCGUCGUCGCCAGGACCGACGGACGCCGACGACGAGCGUUCGCAGCGUUCCGCUUUCGUUCCCGCUAUGCUGAAUCGUCAAUCGGCGUUCUCGUUCGCCGGGGUGUCCUACCCCGCGCCGGUGUCGCAGCACUUCGAAAACGGCGGCGGUAGUUUCGUCGGUCAGGAGAUAUUGGCAAGACACGAACACCACGUAGCCUUCGAUCGUUACGCCGCUCAGCAGGCGGGACAUUUCGCUCUCGAGGAAGCCGCGAGGCUCCUCCAGCACCACGAAGCACUCGUCAAGCAGAACAAGAAACUGAGACCGAAGAAAUUCAGGUGCCCCCACUGCGACGUCGCUUUCAGCAACAACGGACAACUCAAAGGACACAUCCGCAUACACACAGGGGAACGACCGUUCAAGUGCGACGAGGAAGCUUGCGGCAAGACGUUCACGAGGAACGAGGAAUUGACCAGGCACAAACGGAUUCACAGCGGCGUUCGUCCGCACGCUUGUCCCGCCUGCGGCAAACGUUUCGGCAGGAAGGAUCACCUCAAAAAACACGCGAGGACCCACGAGAUGAGAGGUCCCGCGAUUUACAUACCGGCGCCGGGACCGUUUCCGUUCCCGGCUCACCCACCGCUGCAUCCCUUUCUAUUCGGACUUUGAAAGAAACGUGGAAACAAUAUUUUGCCACUGCGAGCGAUGGAUCGAAAACUACGAUCGGGGUCACGGAAUCGACCGGGAUAUAAUUGCGGAUUUUCGCUUUACCAGGGAUGGAAUUCGAACGGAAAAAUGGCGCCGAUGAGAUUGAGAUGACUGAAACAAACGUCGCGAAAAGAGACGCCAACGAGAUA